CUGCUGAGCUGCUGAGAGAAUGAAGCUUCACACAUACUGAGACUCAUGAGGAUCAGGAUCUGGAUCUCAAAGACCAGGGACUACAGAAGACAGGGACCAGAGGAACUACAGGGACCAGAUGGAUCAGGGGGACCGGUCCGGCUUUGCCCAGGAGGGGCUGGUGAAGUCGGCCUCAGCGUAUGCAGACCUGCAGCAGCACCGGCCUGAGGGUGUCCACAGGAAGGCGUCCCCAGUGUUCGUCCCCCAGCCGGACUACCUGCAGGGGGACGAGGACGAGGACCUGAUCAAACCCAAGAAGCUGCAGAAUCCAGUUAAAGCUUCAAAGAGCCACCAGGAGCUGCAGAGAGAGCUGCUGAGCUGCAGACGUGGGGACGGUGGUGUGGAGGUGAAGCCGGAGCUGCAGAGAGUUUUGGAGUCGAGGAAACGAGAUCAGCUGAUGAAACAGAAGAAACAAGAAGAAGAAGCUCGACGCAAAAUAACUCCACUAGAAGAAGAACUAAUGAAGAGACACAGGAAGCUGGAUGAGUUGGACAGACAGCAGCAGAAGCAGCGGGACGAUGAGCUGAAAGCUCCAGAGUUCGUCAAAGUGAAAGAAAAUCUGAGACGGACGUCGUUUCAGGAGAAAGACGAGAAGGAGGUGUAGAGACAUACACAGGAUGGAGACUGUCCACAUGUUUACAGGACACUCUGAGGACACUCUGAGGACUUUGUUAUAAUUACUAGAAGAAAUCUUAAAACUAUGGAUGAUUUUUCACUCAGAUUUAUGAGAUUUGUUUCUUUUUGGAUUUUGUCGUAACGAUGAAAAUAUUAAUCAUGUUUAACUGUGAAAACUUUUACAGAUGUUUGAGGCUUUUUUAAUCUCCUGUUUAUGUAUGAAAAUACAGAAAUGUUUUGUUAUUUAAUUAGGAAAUAUAGAAGUUAUAUUUACAAUAAAUUAAUAUUUACGAGGUUAGAAUUUUUUCCUUGUUUUCAAGAAGUUUGUUUUCAAGUUUUUCAGUUUUAAUGUUAAAUUAUAGGAAUUAUAAAGCUAAAAUUAGUAGUUUCAAUUUAAAAUUCUGAGAUUGUUUUUUUUUUUUUAAAUUAAAAACACUGAAGAGUU